AUGAAGGUCACUUCAGUCGUUCCUGUGCUCGCCUUGAUGGCUGCGCAGAUUAACGCACACACUCUCUUCUCUGAACUCUAUGUUGAUGGCGAAGCUCAGGUAANNGGUGACGGCACUUGCAUUCGCAUGCCUUCGGAUCCCAACACUGCCACCGACCCCAUCCCCAGUCUUGACAGCAGUGACAUGGCCUGCGGUGUUGAUGGCACCAAGGGUGUUGCUCGUGUCUGCUCGAUCAACAGCGGAUCUACUCUGAGCUUCGAAUUCCGUGACUGGCCCGACAACCCAUCAAUUGGCAGCAUCGACAUCUCUCACAAGGGACCUUGCGCUGUUUACCUCAAGAAAGUCGACUCAGCCAUCAACGAUCAGGGUGCUGGUGAUGGUUGGUUCAAGAUCUGGGACGAAGGUUACGACGAGUCUGUCGGCAAGUGGUGCACUGAGAAGCUGAUUACCAACAAUGGCCACCUCAGCGUCGAGAUGCCCAACGGCCUCCAGGGCGGCUACUACCUUGUGCGUCCUGAACUUCUUGCUCUCCACAAUGCCGACAAGGGCGACCCUCAGUUCUACGCUGGCUGCGCUCAGGUCUGGCUCAACUCUACCGGCACCCAGCUUCCUCAAAAGACCGUCUCCAUCCCAGGCUAUGUCGACUACAACCAGCCCUCGACCUCCUUCAACAUCUGGAACGAGCCGAUAGCGUUGCCCUACCCUAUCCCUGGUCCUGCUGUCUAUGUUCCUACAUCUUCUGCUAGUGUUGGCAACCAGAAGCUGAGAGUUUCUCAACAACAGCAGACUGAAGGUCUCGCCCCCAGCGACUGUAUCGUUACCAAUGGCAACUGGGACGGCAUUGAGCUUGAUAAAUACAGCGACCAAGCCGGCUGCUGGAACGCCAGUACUGCCUGCUGGGCACAGGCUAAGGAGUGUUACGCUACUGCUCCUCCUACUGGAAACACCGGCUGCAAGAUCUGGGAAGGCAAGUGUCAGAACAUCAACGACCAGUGCAGUGCUGGCAACUACAACGGUCCUCCCGACUACAUGAAGAACCUCAACCCUCCCAUCAAGCAGGUCAACCUCCCUGCCGCCGUGUCUGCUCAGAACGGCGAUGGUUCCUACCUUCCUGCCACUGCCAACAACAGCCCUGCCGCCACUACCUUCAAGACUUCCGCUCUUGUCGCCAAGGCCACUUCUGCUGCUCCUUCCUCCAACAGCAACUCGCUCCUCGUCUCGACUGAGGGUAACUGCGGCAACGGCGUGACCUGCAAGGGCUCGAGCUUUGGCGAUUGCUGCUCCAGUCACGGCUACUGUGGCUCCAGCGACGAAUACUGCCAGGCAGGCUGCAACAGUGCUUUCGGCACCUGCGGCGGCAGUCAGUCCAAGAGAGACGAGCACAACCACAUGCAUAUCCACAAGCACAAGCGCGCUGUCCGUGUCGGCGGCGAUGCCAGAAUGAUGCCAUGA